GGUGGGUGUUGUGGGUUUUACCAAAACAAGCAAAGGAUGAGGUUAUCGUAUGAAUUUUAAUAAUAUUUUGUUUCUUUUUCUAGGUGGGGUUUGAGGAACUUGAGGGAAAGAGAGGUAAGAUGAAUAAGGAAAGGGGUGUCUGUUUGGCCAUUGGAGAGUAGAAAAUAAAGGGAAAGAAGGAAAGAAAGAAGAGAGGAAAUGGAAAAAAAGGCAUUACAAAACAAGGAGGGGACUGUGCAAUAGGAAUCAAUCAAACACAGACAUCCACUGCUUCCAUCUGGGUCGUCUUUAGUCUGCUCACUGUCAUCAGAUUUUUUCCUGCAUCUUUGCCUUGUUUUGCCUCUACAAGAUUUUCUUGAUUUUGCCUAUUUUUUUGGAGAGUUUCAACUGGGUUUCUGGAGAUGGUGAGAGGAAAGACUCAAAUGAGGCGUAUAGAAAACGCCACAAGUCGGCAAGUCACCUUUUCUAAGCGGAGGAAUGGCCUCUUCAAGAAGGCCUUCGAGCUCUCCGUGCUCUGUGAUGCUGAGGUUGCGCUCAUCAUUUUCUCUCCAAGAGGGAAGCUCUAUGAAUUUUCCAGUUCCAGUAUGCAGGAGACAAUAGAACGAUAUCAACGGCACACAAAAGAUGUUCAUACCAACAACUACAAGACUACCGAACAUAACAUGCAGCAUUUGAAGCAUGAAGCAGCAAAUAUGGCAAAGAAGAUAGAGCUUCUUGAAAUUUCCAAACGGAAACUCUUAGGAGAAGGUUUGGGGUCAUGCUCCAUUGAAGAACUACAACAGAUAGAACAACAGUUGGAGCGCAGCGUAAGCAGCAUCCGAGCAAGAAAGAAUCAGGUUUUCAAGGAACAAAUCGAGCAACUGAAAGAAAAGGAGAAAGCCCUAGCAGCUGAAAAUGCAAUGCUGUGUGAAAAGUGUGGGGUGCAACCGUAUCAAGCUCCGAAUCAAGAGAAUGAAACUUUGCCUAGUGCAGAGAGAAGCCAAAAUUCAGAUGUCUCCACUGACUUGUUCAUUGGACUGCCUGAGGGGAGAGCCAAGCGCCUCCUAUUGGGAAACUGAUGAAGGGGUCCAUGCUCAGCAACACUGCUAUAUACUAUGAGUUGCACCAGCGCGAGCAAUGAUUCUAGUAUCAGUCGUAUAGUAAGAGUAAUGUUUUGUCUAUUGAAUACACUCAAUGGUCGGUAUGAUCAGAAGAAUACUUUCUCAGAAAAUUGUAUUAUGAUGUAAAUUGCCCUGCAUUAAAUUUCACAAUGUGCUUUUCUCCUGUAA